AGCUAUCCAAUAUUCACGUUGGUAAAAUACUUAACUUGUAGUUUAAUCUGAUUUAGUGUAGGUCUAAAUGUAGAACGCAAUGUUCUAAUAAAAGGAUUAUAAAACAAUAUAGAUUGCAACAGUCAUGUAAUAAAAAACAAUAUAGAUUGCAACAGUCAUGUAAUAAAAAGGAUUUAUACAAUAAUUUGUUUGAUUUCUUUUGUUCUAUAUGGACAUUCUAUAAUCAUCAGUUACACGUAUACGGCUAAUCUAAAAUGGGCAGCGGACCGUCGUUUCCAAUUGUGCCAAUGACACGAGAUAAAAUAAUCCUUAUCACCGGUGCGAACUCUGGUCUCGGUUACGAAAUCGCCAAGUGGUCGGCAAUUAUGGGGGCGACCGUGAUACUCGCGUGCCGCUCCGAGUCUAAAACAAAGGAGGCUAUCGCUAAAAUGAAUCAAGAGUUUCAAGCGGAAAAAUCUAAGGAGACUUCCCGGUUGUCCGAGAACACAACUUUAGCGCUGGAGUUUAUGCAUCUCGACCUAGCGUCGUUCGAAUCGGUGACAAACUUCUGCGAAGCAUUCAAGAAAAGCGGCCGAAAACUACACGUGCUCUUCUGCAAUGCGGGUAUGGCGUUUAUUCCUUUCCAAAAAACAGCAGACGGCAUGGAAAUGUUGCUGCAGGUGAAUUAUCUCAGUCACUUUGUAAUGAUCGCCAAAUUGCUUGGCGUCAUGCAACAGUCCGGACCCGACUGUAGAAUUCUGCUUAUGUCUAGCGGCGCGCAUAAAGCGGUUACCCUCGAUUUGAAGACCAUGAAUUAUUCCGGACCACCUGACGAUUUUCCCAGCUUUAACUACUACGGUAGAUCCAAACUCUACCAGAUCAUGCAAACCGCCGCGUUGGGUCGCAGGAUUUCCGGUUCCAAUGUUACUAUAAAUAGCAUUCAUCCGGGCAUUGUCGACACUGCAAUCUGGCGUGGGUGGGACACAGGGAUAAAGAAGUGUUUGUUGUGUUGUAUGCAGUGUUCUGGGGUGGCGAAGUCGGCAUUCCAAGGUGCAAAAUGUUCGAUUGACCUCACGGUUAACCCCAAACACGCCGGAGUGAACGGACUCUAUUGGGUGGAUUGUAAAAUCGUCACACCCAGCAGCGACGCGCGCAACAAGCAGAAGCAGGAGGAAUUGUGGGAAACUACACUCGAACUAGUUCGGCCAUAUUUGACGGAAGAAGAGAUGAAGAGAAUUAAUAUCGAAAUUAAGUGAUUUAGUCUGUGUAAAAAACUGAUUGAGAUUAUAAUAUUCUGAUGUGAAAUCAUGUUAUCACUAAACUCAAUAAUAAUACUACUACUAAUAAUAAUAAUAAUAAUAAUAAUAAUAAUAAUAAUAAUAAUAAUAAUAAUAAUAAUAAUAAUAAUAAUAAUAAAAAUACAUGCCUUAAUUAUGAGCAAACUUGAUCUGUCAUAAUUCUGACACAUAAAUUUAUAUGUAGACAUGUUUACUGUUAAUAAAUGUACUUCUUCUA